GUCUACAAAAUGGCACAGAUUUAAACCAACUUAACCAGAUCAUUUUAAACCUACUAGCGGUUGAAGAUUGUCCCAAAGCGCUUCCCGUACUUGCAAUUUCGCACACGCACAGGAAGAAGCAUCCAUUUUCCACCUGCCCUUGGCCAACUUUUUUAAAUCCGUUAUCAUCCAUAAAUUAUUUGGCUCUGAAUGUGGAGGUGCAAACAGUGUCCUGAAAGUGAAUCUACAAGGACUACAGAACAAGUAAUAUUGAAAAAGAAGAACAACCAACAGGUAAUCAAAAGUAAAAUGGAAAGAACCUUUGCCUACAGAAGACAGGAAGUUGUUGGAAGAUAUGCCCUUCAUAGCAGAGUUCAAAAACAGAUGUCCAGCCCUGUUUUCUGAGAGCCAGGUAAAUGCAGAAUUCACCCUCAUCACCACAGUCCCCCUGUUCUCAACCUUUAUGUCCCGACUGGAUCAUUACUCUAGCCAGCUAUUGAGGGUAUUCAAAAAGAAGGGGGGAACAGCAAGACAUGAUAUCGACGUAAUCAUUGCAGAAAUGGACAUGAAUCCCAGUGUUGAAGUACGACGGACAUGCAUCCUAAAGGCGUUGUGCGUCUACUUGAUUGAAAAGCCUGACAGCCUUAUUAAGGACUACUGGGCUACUGAGGAUACUGGUAUUGAUGCAAUGACGGAAAUGGAGAGACUGGCUUUGGGUGUCUACAUUGUUCGACAUGAUGGAGUAGAUGCUUCAGGUCCACCUGAGGAUGUUGCCGUCGUCAUUGAAGGCUGCACAGUGCUGCGAGAUCUGAGAGAGGUUGCAAAUGGAUGUGCAGUCCUGCUUGGCUUGAUCUACUGUUUAUCCCAAGGAGCUGCGAUACACUUUCGAAUUUCUUCAGAAAGUGUUUAUGGAAUUGGAUGGGAACAAGCUCUCCACUUAAGUGCAGGUCCUCAAAAACAAACUGCAUGAGUAAAAUCACCUGCACCAGACAAGACUGAACCUGGCUUUGGACACUUGAAUUGUGUUGACUUACUUUAUUUUUGGACUGCUGCUAGACAAAAUAAAGCUGUGAUCAAUGAUGGUUUGUAAUAAGCAGACAGGACUGCAGUUGGUCAUCGACUUGCUUGGGGAGGCUCAGUUCUUUGGAUUUUGGACUGCUUUGUUACGUAAAUAUUGCUGAUUUUCUAUUUCUCCUUUUGAUGAAAACUGUAAACAUUGUAUUUUUCAUAAAAAUGUUCUUGAUAAGUCAGCAUGUAUGUAAAGUCUGAACUUAGUAUGUUCUAACGGUGAAGUGAGAAUUUUCUGCAGCAUAAAUCUUGAUUGUAAACUUCAGUUAAUUUAACCUCCCUCCAUAUAGAAAACAAGGAUUUGCCUCUUUAGUUUUUAUUUCAGUAGGCAACACCUGUUAAGACAUUGUUGACGUCAAAUAUUGUUGAUUUAAUAUAAAGCUAUAAUGGGAUUGAACAUUAUCGGAUGGUGAAGAUUCACAAACAAGUUUUAUAUUUUUGAAUUAUUAUUUAUAUUUGUCUAUUGGCAUUUUAUACGUGGACUUAUGUUGGUUUCUUCAAUUGUAUUUGUACACUUUGUAUUCAUAUGUAAGUUUUGCUUACAUAUUUGUAAUAAUUUUAUCAGUCAUGAUAAUCCCAGAUAUAGUAAUGUACCUUGAAGGUCAACAUUAAUUUUUUGACUUAAUUAUAUUUCAAAACCAAAGGUGAAUAAAGUUAAAGUGACUCGAGUAGUUUUCUUUUUUAACCGAGCAAGUAUAAUCAACACAAAUGGAUAACAUUAGCAAAGCUUAAUUUUGUUUAAUAAAUUGAACUUAAUCAAGUUAUGUUAGUUCAAGCUAUAGUCAUUAAAUUCUAGACAAUAAUUUACAUUUAUUCAAAAUAAUUGUGUAAUGUCCCAUUUAAUUAACACCGUUAUGAAUGAUUUACUUAAAACAUUAUGUUACAAUUAAUUGUAUAUUACCUUUUCCAUUUAAGCAACUAAGUUUUGUGGGACCGGUUGACAUAACUUUAUUAAUUAAAUACAACAUUU